CAUCAGUCAGCAGGGAGAGCAUCUAGAAGGACGGGAGGAGGUUGAUGUCAACAAGAUGCCAGUGACUGGUGUCCCUGUGAAGAGUGAAGAUGAUGAGGUCAAAGGUGAAAGCGAAGAGAAGAGAGAGGCGGAACCUCCAAGUAGCAGCUCAACACAACACAUGACAACAGAAGCUGAUGGAGACCACUGUGGAGGAUCACAAGCAGACAAGCUCUUAGCUCCACUAUCAGAUAGUGAGGACACAACGUCACACUCUCCUGACACUGAUGAUGAAGACUCUAAAGAUGAUAAGACCUGUCACACUGACAACACACACUUCAAGUGUUCUCACUGUGACAAAACUUUUAAAUCUCCUCGUAAUUUGAAAAGACACAUGAUAACACACACUGGAGAAAAACCUUUUUCAUGUUCAGUCUGCAGUAAAGGUUUAACUCAUAGGCACUAUUUGAAAGUAGACAUGAGAAUUCACACUGGAGAAAAACCCUUUUCUUGCUCAGAAUGUGGUAAAAGUUUUGUAAGAAAUCAAAGUUUAAAAGCACACAUGAGAACACACACUGGAGAAAAACCUUUUUCAUGUACAAUCUGCGGUAAAGAUUUUACUCAUAAGCAACAUUUGGAAAUACACAUGAGAAUACACACUGGAGAAAAACAUUUUUUCUGCUCAGAAUGUGGGAAAAGUUUUGUAAGAAAUCAAAAUUUAAAAGAACAUUUGAAAAUACACACUGGAGAAAAACCUUUUUUAUGUUCAAUCUGCGGUAAAGAUUUUACUAAUAGUAAACAUUGCAAAAGACACAUGAGAACACACACUAGAGAAACACCUUUUUCGUGUUCAAUCUGUGGUAAAGAUUUUACUCGGAGGCACCAUUUAAAAAAACACAUGAGAAUACACACUGGAGAAAAACCUUUUUCCUGCUCAGAAUGUGGUAAAGCUUUUUUACGAAGAAGCAAUUUGAAAAGACACAUGAUAACACACCCAGGAGAGAAAGUGUUGAGUUGCAGUGUGUGUAGUGAAAGAUUCUCUUAUAAGUACCAGUGUAAGAAACACAAGUGUGCUGGUGAGAACAGCAGCAGCAAAUGAAAAUGCAGGAUUUGAAAUAAACUGUCAAAACUUAACUUUGACCUUCUAACAACAUCAGCACAUAGAGUCUAACGUUUAUAGAUUAGAUAUAGAUUUUUAAUUUUUUCAGUCAAGUACAUGUUUUAAUAUUGAUUGUGUACUUUUAUUUAAAAAUGAAGGCAACACUUUGACUCUCAAGGUGAGAAUAAACAGGACAAAACAUGUUGCAAAUACUUUUUAUGUGUAAAGAGAUAUUCAGAAAUCAUUUUUAAUUAUUUAUGAUGUUAUAGAUGAAAUCCUUUAUAUGAUGUACAUAUUUGUUUUACAUUUGUUCAUACCUUUCU